AUGUAUGUGUGCUCUGCAGAGUGUGAGGUCAGUGUUCUAUUCUGAACACAUCUCUCUGGUAGACAGGAGUGACUGCUGAGAAGCCACCUGUCCUCAUGGCACUGUGCUCUGCUGGGCCCUGAGCAUUAGUCUGUCUCUGAGGAGAGGAACUAUCACAAAUGAGACAGAGAUUGCAGACAGUAAAUUCAAAAGUGUUCACAUUCAGUAGGAUAAUCAAAUAGCCUCACACCUUUUCAAGCAGGUGGCUGCAACAGCUGUUCUCCCAUCUUCACUGUACAUGCUCUCUCGUUGUGUUUUGCCCUCUCUCUCCUAUAAAUGCUUCUGUGUCUGUAUCUCCUUACCAGAGGCUGGAGGAGAGUGUGCUGUCUAAGGAGAAGAAGCUGACGGUCCGAGGCGCCUCCCCAGAAGACCCAACUACGUGUCUACCUGCACGGGUCCGAGAGAUUGUCACCAAGAACCUCAACGAGAGCUGUGAGUGGCCAACCAUCUGAUUAUAAAAUAUCACAGAUGCAUUCAAAGUAGUGUUCUGAAUAUUGAAUGAAGUGCUGUGCUCUUCAUUAAUACAUGUGGUUGUCUGCCACUCUCUCUCUCCCCACCCCAGCACCAGGAGCCAUGUCCUCAGUGAUGUUUGUCCAUGAGGAGAACCGGGUGCUGCAGGUAGAGUUGGGAAGGCUGGAGGACCUGCUGGCCCAAAGCAGGGCGGACCGCGAUGAGCUGGCCAUCAAAUACAACACCAUCAGCGAGAGGGUAAGAGACAGAGAAGAGGAGGCAGAAGAUCAGUAAUUAAAAGAUACAAUUAGAUUAUCCAGGAAAAUAUAACAGGAUUGCAUGUGAAGCACAUAACAAAAUGGAGGUUCAGAAUGAGAGAAUUAAGGCAUUUGGUGGGGAGUAGUUAGUGAGUUCAAUUCUUAAUUAUUUUUUAUUUAUUUAUUUUAUUUCACCUUUAUUUAACCAGGUAAGCCAGUUGAGAACAAGUUCUCAUUUACAACUGCGACCUGGCCAAGAUAAAGCAAAGCAGUGCGAUAAAAACAACAACACAGAGUUACAUAUGGGGUAAAACAAAACAUAAAGUCAAAAAAUACAACAGAAAAUAUAUAUACAGUGUGUGCAAAUGUAGCAAGUUAUGGAGGUAAGGCAAUAAAUAGGCCAUAUUGCAAAAUAAUUACAAUUAGUAUUAACACUGUGCAAGAGAUUAUGUGCAAAUAGAGAUACUGGGGUGCAAAUGAGCAAAAUAAAUAACAAUAUGGGGAUGAGUUGGGUGGGCUAAUUUCAGAUGGGCUGUGUACAGGUGCAGUGAUCGGUAAGGUGCUCUGACAACUGAUGCUUAAAGUUAGUGAGGGAGAUGUAUUUAUUAUUUAUUUGGGCUGGUUGUAGUACUACACUAACCUGACUGCGAGAGGCUGUAAAUGUGGUGGGUUUAAAUGCUUGACCCACCAUUGUGGUCUCCAAUCUUUCCCGUAAAGCAAUAGUAGGUGGUGUUGCCAUACACCAGGCACUGUAAAGACCAAGCAGGCCACAGUCACACGGACAUUUGACAGACACAUAUAACAAUUACCAAUGUACCCCUUUCUCAAUUUUCCUUUCAUUAUUUUAUUUGUCUGCUCGGGAUAAUUUAGUCCGUCUCCUUGGUUACUAGGACUGGAAUGAAGUGAAGUGGCAUGUUGCUAUGACGUUUGACACCCCUGGUGAUUGUAAACAGGGGCUUUAGUGGGGAAGAGAGGGGGGUCAGGCCAGAGGGGGGGCUCAGUAGUAUGGCGUUAGAAUUUAGCCUUACUAAAUGCGGCUGAACAUGAGGACCAGUAUGUUGAUACCGAUUCCGAGCUCAACGAGCAGCCUGCAAGCCUGACCACCGAGGUAGAGGAGCCUAGCAGCAAAUGCAAUACCCGCCCAUACCCCACGCCGCCUGCUGACCAACAAGACCGAGAAAAGCCAUGCCUAGCACCAUCAGCAUGAGGUUAACAUUACAACAAGCCCCUGCACCUCCGUUACCCCAGCCACUGGCACCUGAGGACCUCUGUGAUGAGGAACCAGCGCAGGUUUGUCUUGACACUUACCCGAGCCGCAUUUUAAGUGGGAGAAAGCAGGCCUUUUUAAAGCACCUGGUUCAAGGUCUGCAUUUGGUUGUGGUGCACGCUAUGUCGUCUGAGGAGGCAAUAGAGGACUUUUUCAAUGUGUGUAGCUCUGUGUACAAUUUCUUUUUGGAAACCCACGGUGGCUGCACAGUACACUGGGGGAAAACUGGAAAUAAUUCUUAAUCAGAGAUGGACUGGCCACCUCGCCACGGUGGCCAGUCCAAUCAAGUGACAGCAUCACAGAGAUGCUUGGUGAAAUAGAAUCUACUCGCGCAUAUGGCACAGAUGUGAGACUUAAGGCCACAGACUUAUUGAAAGCAGUGACAGAGCCGAGCUUUAAGUUUAUUGCUAACAUGACUCACAAAAUCCUGGGGCUCCUCGACCCUCCUAACAAGUUACUGCAGUCUGAGCUACUUAUCUGCACACCAGUGUCAAACUUGUCUGCAGUACGUAUGGGUGCGUUGAAAAACUGCGAUGUGAUGCUGAAUUCGAAAAGCUUUGGGAGGCAUGCCAGGGCACGAGCACACCAGCUCCAAGCAAACUACAGAGACUCAUGAGUAAAACAAGAGUAUGUAGUUGAAAGCACCGUGGGUCAGCAUUAUGAUUAAUUCCUUGGUUUUCCCUCAUGUAAGCCUGGUUGUUUGGCAGAUUUCUGAAUGUAAUGUAUAGUUACUUUAGGACUUGUUUUUUUACUUCAAUGCAGGUUAGAUUUAUCUGUGAUUCUUAAUGUCAUUGCUUGGUUUUUGUGGGUCUAAUUGCUAUUGAUAGAUAUACAGCUUUGCGUUAUUUUAAGGGUAUAGGGACAGUGACCAAUGUAGCCUAUAGGUUGUCCUCUGGGGUGAGCCCUGACUCUUUAAUCUUAUUGUCCUGGCUGUCCACUUCAGUGGUGCUGAAAUUGGCAGAGCAUCCUUUCAUCGCGCUGACUGGUGGUAGCCUUCUGUCCGUGGUCCUGAAUCAACGGUGUGUGCUGUUUUAAUGAUCGGAUCUUGGGCUACUAGUCUUCAUGGGGCUUCUCUUCAACAUUGCGUGCUUUCUUGUGUGCAAAAUGACAGUUGUUGUGUACAGUCGUGGUCAAAAGUUUUGAGAAUUACACAAAUAUUAAUUUUCACAAAGUCUGCUGCCUCAGUUUUUAUGAUGGCAAUUUGCAUAUACUCCAGAAUGUUAUGAAGAGUGAUCAUAUUAAUUGCAAUUAAUUGCAAAGUCCCUCUUUGCCAUGAAAAUGAACUUAAUCCCCCAAAAAACAUUUCCACUGCAUUUCAGCCCUGCCACAAAAGGACCAGCUGACAUCAUGUCAGUGAUUCUCUCGUUAACACAGGUGAGAGUGUUGACGAGGACAAGGCUGGAGAUCACUCUGUCAUGCUGAUUGAGUUAGAAUAACAGACUGGAAGCUUUAAAAGGAGGGUGAAAUCAUUGUUCUUCCUCUAUUAACCAUGGUUACCUGCAAGGAAACACGUGCCGUCAUCAUUGCUUUGCACAAAAAGGGCUUCACAGGCAAGGAUAUUGCUGCUAGUAAGAUUGCACCUAAAUCAACCAUUUAUUGGAUCAUCAAGAACUUCAAGGAGAGAGGUUCAAUUGUUAUGAAGAAUGCUUCAGGGCGCCCAAGAAAGUCCAGCAAGCGCCAGGACCAUCUCCUAAAGUUGAUUCAGCUGCAGGAUCGGGGCACAACCCGUGCAGAGCUUGCUCAGCAGGCAGGUGUGAGUGCAUCUGCACGCACAGUGAGGCAAAGACUUUUGGAGGAUGGCCUGGUGUCAAGAAGGGCAGCGAAGAAGCCACUUCUCUCCAGGAAAAACAUCAGGGACAGACUGAUAUUCUGCAAAAGGUACAGGGCCUACAUGUUUUUACAUUUUGUAUGUCGCAGUAGUAUAGGACCAAUACCGUGUGUAGCCUACUAAAAGAAGAAGGCAAACGUUCGCUCUGUUAUUAUUAAUUUGCUUUAUAUACAGUUGUUGUGUGAUAGGCUACUGUAAAGCUGAUGUCAAUACUAUGAAAACGGCGGUCUCCUUUUCGCCCCCUCCCUGCUCUCUUGCUAUAGCAUGUGUGUGUUGCUCUCUGAAUGGGCAUUUACUCUUAUCCGUGGCAGAUUCAAAUUGACUACUGUCAUGUAGGAAAUUUCACAUCAGCUAUAUAGAAUAUGCACUUAGGCUUGGCUUACUGUAGAUUUACGCUCAUUGCAUAGUGUCACAAAUUCAACAGAAAUGUAGCGUACAGUUCUAAUAAUUGAAGUUUAAGCUAUGAAGCCUGUAAGAAUCUUUGAUUGCCUAGUGGUGCUCAUCCUGUUGAGCUGAUCUGUGCGUGUUGGUAGGCGCAAAUUAGGUGUAGGCCUACGGCAGCUACGGCUGCAUUUAGGUAACACUUGUAUGUCGUAGUAGGUCCAAUCUACCUUGUUUUAUUAAGGCUCUAAAGCAAUACUAGUUGUGCCCCCCCCCCCCCCCCCCCCACAUGGAUUUAAAAUGCCCCCUCAGGCAUGUCAUCCUGGAGCCGGGCCUGGAGGCCAGGAACAUUCAUUAGUGCUGCUUACAACUCCUCAAUCACAGAGCCCGCUAAGAAACCAUUUUGUUCAGAUAUGGUUAAAUAGAUGCAAAUGGAACCAUCUUGCACCAUGCAAUAAUUAUGCAUUUGUAACAGAGAAUUAUGGUUAAAAAUUUCAGCAUGUUAUUUUACUUUCUAGGGCAGACCACAUAGCAUACCUGGCAAUCCCAAAGAAAGACAGUAAGCAACAGUGGUUACAUAUCAGUCAGAGUUCUAGUACUCUGAAGGGUAAGUCUGUGACCCCCCCUGUGCCACAUCAACCCCCCAACCUCUCUGUUAUGUGUUUUAAUCUAUAUAGCUAGAGCAUGCGCUCCGCCUGGAGACGGGUGACGGGGACCAGGAUUCACCAGAGUCUCCCAGCCUGGCUCAGCAGAACGUGGACCUGCGCAAAUGUCUGGAUGAGGAGCAGGCGGCCUACAAGCGUAAACUCACAGCCUACCAGGAGGGCCAGCAGAGACAGGCUCAGCUGGUGCAGAAGCUGCAGGCGAAGGUAUCACACUAUGAUGCGUGUGUUUCCAUUCACCUCUAUUUUAUUUGGAGGGUAAAGGUUGUUUUACUAGUUCAUUUGUAGGCCUGUAAUUGUCUGCCAACCCUCUGUGGUCAACAGGUUGAGCCUAAUGGCGUGUUUUUGUUUUUUUACUUUAUUUUUAUUGAAGAACACACAAAUGAACACAAAACAGGUAAUGGCUGUGUUUUAUUACGGUUUUAAUUUGGGAAGUGAGUUCAUGAACCUCAUAGAUGUCUUCCUGUAUGACAUCACUGCCUUACAGACUCUCCUACUAAGAAUUAAAACAUUUUAUGGUGACAAAUAGGGACCUGAUGCUGAUUAACUAAUGUAAUCUAUAUUAUGUUACCAGUCAGAGAGCAGAUCACCUCACUGUGUCCUCCCCUCCAGGUCCUGCAGUACAAGAAGAGGUGUGGAGAUCUAGAGCAGACUCUAGUGGAGAAGUCCUCGGAGCUGGAGCUGCACAGACUGAGUGUUCGUACUGUGCCACACCACUAUGGAGACAUUCUGAAACAACUAACCAUGCCAUUUAGUAAAAGUAUUGAGUUAAUCUGCAAUUCACAUCUGAUGCAUAACUGUCAUUCUUAUUUCCCUUUAGGGUCGUUGUGAUAUGUCCAGCAACAGUCACCAUCGAGAAGAGGUGGAUCCAUGCGGCGACCUGGAAAAUGCUCUGAUCCGGUUGGAGGAGGAGCAGCAAAGGUUAGUGAUUGGAAUCUGCCUGGGCCAAUCAGUAAUGAAACUAAUGGCAUACAGAAUUCAAUGCAAUUGAUGCAAUGCCGUGUUAUGCUCCACAGGAGCAGCAGUCUGUCUGCAGUGAACGCCAUGCUGAGAGAGCAGUUGGAGCAAGCAGGACUGGCCAAUGAGGCACUCAGCCAGGACAUUCGCAGACUCACUGUUGAUUGGUCCAAGUCCAGGGAGGAGCUGGAGCAGAGAGAGUCUGAUUGGAGGAGGGAGGAGGAGGUGGGUAUUAGAAAUGAGAGUUUUUGUGGAUGGCUGUUUUCAUUUUGAAUAUAAGAAACACUUCUCUUAUUUUCUGUCACGUGCUAUUUCACAAUUCCUCUCUCUUAGUCUUUCCACAGUUAUUUCAGCAGUGAGCACAGUCGUCUACUGUCCCUAUGGCGACAGGUGGUGGGCUUCCGAAGGCAGGUCUGUGAGCUGAAGAGCGCUACAGAGAGGUCAGAACAACUAACUGCACAACAAACGGCAUGAAUGCACCCCAUUUUAUAUUGUGACUUUGCCACUAUAUUUGUGCUCUAUGUAUAGUGGUUGUUGUGAAUUUGGAUUAUUUCAUAUUUCUUCCUCUGCCCCUUUCCCCCUACCAGGGACCUGUCAGACAUGCGUAAUGAGCUGGCACGGACCUCCCACUCUAUCCAGUCGUCCUGCUCCGGCCUUUCCUCCACGAUGCGCAACCGGGAGGGAGGGGCGGCCCUGGCUCUGGAGCGGGAGGUGGCGCUGCGUGGGCAGCUGGAGCUGCAGCUCAGAGAAAGGGUGGCCGAGAUGAUGAGCCUGCAGACCAGGACAGACGCAGAGAGGGCCAAGCUCAAUGCCAGGUCAGGGAGAGAGUUGAACACUGUGCUCAGUCAUUGGCUGUGUAUCAAAUGGCACCCUACAUAGGGCUCUGCUCAAAAGUAGUGUACUAUGGGACUCUGACACUGUCUGUCUUUCUGUCUCUCUGUGUUUACUGAGUGGCAGCCUGGUCUGCCUGGUGGUGGUACACAAAUCAGGAGGGUGAAGUGUAAUGUGCAUCUUAGAGAUUCAAUGGUAUGCUAAGUGAUUUGUGUGUGUGUGGUCAGACGGUCAGAUGCAGUGCAAGAGGGGGAGAGGCUGAAGGGUCAGACUGAGGAGAGAGACCGAGACAUGGCCUUUCUGACCAGGAGACUGGAGGUGAGAUUGGCCUGUGUGACCCCAGCAUAGAAACUUCCUGUAGCCAUUUGCCAUCAGUAGCCAUCAUACCCCUCCCUCCUCACUAUGGUUAUCUUCCUACAGGAGCAGAUUGGGAACGAUGAGACAGACAUGCAGGUGAUGAGAGCUCAUACUGAAACACUGCUGGACACACUGAGAGACAUUGCACAGGUACAGCAGUCUCUCACAUACGCACACACACGCACAGCAAACUUUGACCAACCUCCACAUUUAAACCCCUCCCUAGACUGUCCUGUCCGAUGGGGACUCAUCAUCAGAGGCAGACCAGGAGAACACCGGAGCUCCUUUAUUGGCUCUGCUCCAUGGCUCCUCCCCUCACCGCUCCUCGUCACCACAGCAAUCCACCUCUCCCAGCCGCUACUCCUCGUUGGCACCCGUCCCAGAGGCCAGCCUGUCUGCCCUGCGCUCUGCUGUCAACAGCAGACAUCUCCAGCUGCAGGUACCCCGUCCACACUGUUGCAGCUGGACACAUUAACACAUCUUCUACUAUAUAAGUGGUUUUACUGUAGUCAUUGAGAAUUGAGGCUUCUUAUAGCCGGCUUUAUUACAAUGUUACAUUGUCCAACUUUCCUAUACAAACAUUUCCUAUAAAAGUUGUCUUAUCUCUUAAUUCCUCUGUAUCACUUUCAGUGUCCAGUGUUCAGUGUCCCACUCUCUCCUCUGCCUCUGUCUCUCUGGUCUACAGGAGGUCCGGGGGUGUCUGUCCUCUGCCCAGUCAUCAUUGCAGAUGCUGCGCAGGCAGCUCGCAGAGGCGGAGUCAGCCAAGCGAGAGACAGAGCAGCGCAGUUGGACCCUGCAGGGAGAGAGGGAUGGAGUUCAGAGAGAAAAAGACACCACGCAGAGAGAGAGAGACUGUCUGAAACAAGACAGAGACAAACUGGCUAGGUACAACCAGAAGAGUCCGCAAGCAGACUUAUAAAACAAAUUGGGUGAUGGAAAACCCUUUAGGACCAGGAAGUGUCUUCCCUCAGUGCCCUGGUUAAAGAACAAGCCUUAGUAUGCAUGGAGAGAGGAGUAGCUAAUGCUACAGAUAUUGUAAGCACUAGCAGUUAACUUUAUUUUCAGGAAGCGCACAUCUUUCCUUUCAUACAGCUUUACAGAAAUUUCGAAUCACAAUGUCCUGUUGUCCGCUGUGUCUGUGUGUCUGUCCUCUCAGUGAGAAGAUGGCUAUGGAGAAGGCAGCCCAGACAGCUCUGAUCAAGGCCCAGAUCCUGCAGAUGGACUGUGAAAAGCUUCAGCAGGCCGUGACGUCGGCCCAGAGAGAGAGAGGGAUCACGAGAGAGAGGAGAAGGAGGCCGAACGGCAGGAAAGAGACUGAGCCAAGGCUGAGACAGAGCGAGUGUGAGUGAGAUAAGAGAUGGAGAAAGUCAGCAAAACCAAUUGACAUCGAUAGGGUGUGUGAAUGGAAAACAAACCCAGUAGUCAUGUCUCUGUCUCUAACCCUGUCCCUGGUCCCUGUCCCCACAGUCAGAAGCAGUGGGAGCAGAGUGAGAGCCGGGCGUCUGUCCAGCGAGGGGAGCUGUCUGCAGUGAGAGAGACCCACCACCAGGCGGAGGUGGAGAGGCAGCUGCUGGAGGGGGAGAAGGCCCAGCUCACUGAGGCUCUGACCCGGGUAAGACACACAGAUGAUGUCACUCACUCUCUGGAUCCUCUUGUGUUUGGUUGUCACUAUUUGGUCCUCCUUUGACUUCCUCUCCUUGAAAAUUCACCUCUUAAAAGUUCACCCAUCUUCUCUCUGUCCUGUAUGUUUUCUCCUCUGUCCCCCAGGCUGAGAGCAGUAAUGCAGAGCUCUCUCUGCUGGUCAAUAAGCUUGACUCUGAGGAGGCUGCCCUCCGAGACUCUCUGGCCAAGAUGGGCAGCAUGAAUGAGGGCCUAGCCCAGGACAAGUCUGACCUCAACUCCAUCAUCAGCCAGGUGGGACACAGUGGGACCAACACCUUGAUCAACAUUUGACUAACACUUGUGGGUGAAGUCAUAUAGGACUAAUGCAAGAGUAACCAUCAAAACAAAGCAUCGCUCUGGCCUAUUCUAUAGGCUAGGACCUCUUCAAUUCUGGCCUUCCACACCCGUUUACUCUCUCAUACGUGUCCAUGUUUCUCUCUCUCUCUCUGUCUCUCUCUCAGCUGGAGGAGGAGAAGGCCCAUCUGCAGGCCCAGAAGCGUGAGGCGGAGCAGGAGAAGCUGACCAUCAGAGAUGAGCUGGUCCGAUUGGAGCAGGACAGGCUAGAGCUGGACACCGCACACCUCGCCCUCCACCAAUCACUGCAGGAGUCUGAGCUGAGCAGGGUGGGGAUGGAGGCGGAGCUUCAGAGCCUCCGGGCAGAUAGAGUGAAGCUGCAGGACAAAGUCACUCAGGUAAAUGAUGAGAAUGGGAAAGUGGCAUAUGAUAAUGUGUCUUCUCAGCAAGAAAGAGCUUCAGUAAUUAACAAAGAAUGAUAAUCACUGAGUUCUGAAACCUCAUUGUUCUGUGAAUCUCUGUCUGUAAAUGUGUACAAUUUUACUGCAUGUACCUGUGUAUUUCUCUGCUGACAGUUGUGUGGCGAGGUGAGCUCUCUGGGGGUGGAGUUGGGCAUGGCCCGGGGUGAGGAACAGACAGGGCGUGGCCCUGGAGGAAGUAGGGCGGGACAGGGCGGAGCUGGCUAGAGAGAGGGCGGGGCUGGUGGUCCAGCUGACUGCAUCAGAGAGAGCGAACGCCAUGCUGACCGAGGAGCUGGCCGCAUUCAGGUGAGAUCUGUGUGUGUGUGCGCAUGUGCAUGCAUGUCCGUCUGUGUGUGUGUAUGUGUGUGUGUGUUGAAGAAUUGGUCCCUGAUGCGUGUGUCAUGCCCCUGCAGGUCGGAGCGGGAGGCCCUGGAGACCAGCCUGUUUGAGGUGCAGCAGCAGCUGUUGCAGCUGGAGUCUGACAGAGAGCAGCCGGAGACAGAGAUCCAGAGCCUGCGGCUGCGCUGUGAGACAACCACCGGUGAGAGAGAGAGGGGACAGGAGGAUGAGAAAUGAAUGACUUACAUACAGAGAGGAACCAAAUGAGUGAAAAUAAGAUGGUAGUGGCAGAGAGAGCAUCAACAAGGAAGACGGGAGGAUUGAUAAGUUAGAAUUAAAUAAUAUUAUUGAGGAGCAUUGGAGCCAUAGAACAUCGGAAGAAAGAGGGGAAACCAGAUCAAGUGUUAGUAAAAAGGAGUUGAGGAGAUUGAUGGAGAAAUGAUGCUAUAGCCAUUACAUGACUGUAUGAACACAGGUUCGAAACUGCUCAUCAUGUCCCCUAUUGUCCUGUGUAGCGGAGCUGAGGCGUGUGUGUGCUGAUGGGGAGAAUGCACUGGCACAGAGUGAGCGGGAGAGAGAGACUCUGAGCCAGGCCCUGAGCACCACCCAGCAGGAGUCCCAGCAGGCCCUACGCACCGCCAUCACUGACCACCAGGAGGAGGCAGAGAGACUGAACGCUGAGAAGGUGAGGGGGGGAUGGGGGCCACUGUAGAAGUCUAGUUCUACUAGACUAGUUCUGUUUGGAGAGGUUUUUGCUCUAGCAGUAAGAAUAUUAUAAGGAUGGUUUUACUUGUAUCCAGUACUAUUAUGAUUAUUAUUUAUGUUUCUUACUUUUGCCCAAGAUGUCUCAAUGUGUGUCUUGAUUCUACUCAGUUGUUCAUGUUCUUUAUUUGGGCUGGUUAGACCCAUACAAUGAACAUGAACAACUGAGUGUGUUUGUUCUCCAGGAGGCCCUGCGUCACAGUCUGGAGUCUGAACAGGAGGGGGCACUACGACGUGUCAGACAAGAGGUCGAGGAGCAGCUCCUCAGAGCCGAGAGAGACCGGGAAGACCUGAGAGAUGAAGUGAGGAGUCUGCACCAUGACAGAGACCAGAGUCUGCUACAGGCAUAGACAGAGAAACAACAGGUCAGUCACAUCUUAGAGACCAGACAAAGACACCAUGUAAUAGAGAUCAGACUCUGUAAUGAAGUGCAGAGAAAAUACUGAUAAGAGAACUUAUAUCCCCAGUUAUAGAGGCCCUUUCUAUUGCCCUCUCUCAGAUGCUGUCCCAGAAGGAAUCAGAGAAGGCUGUGCUGUCUGAGAGGGUGUCCAUCCUGAAGGCAGAGCUGGGUACUGCAGCCCUGGAGCUGGAUAGACUGGCCAGAGAGGCAGCGCAUUACAAAGCCCAAGAGAGGGUAAUUCUAGACCGCGUUAUAACUCUGUGCCCAUUCUGUACUAUCAUGAAUUGUUCUAAAAUACAUUAAAAUGCUAAACAUGUAUGUGUCCAAACUCUAAAGUCUCCUUGACUUUUGUCUAUAGGCCUCAGUGGGAACUCUGACCAUUGAGUUACUGGAGCUUCGCUCUCAGCUGGAAGAGGCUGGCAGUGUUCAUGAUCGGGAGCUAUACAGGCUGCAGGAGAACUGCACUGACCUACAGACACACACUGACAUUGCACUCAAAGAGGUGAGGUACGGUUAGAGUCAGGGAUGGAGCCAGUGACCAUUUCUGGUUCAACAUUUCUUUACCACUCUCCCUAACUUCCUCUUCCAGUUGGAGGAGUGCAGAGCUUCUCUCUCAGCCAGUGAGGAGAGCUGAGACCAGGUGAGGCGGGACAUGCUGGAGAUGGAGAGGUGCCUCAACCAAACCCGGGACACCGGGGAGGGGUACAGAAGGGACGGGGUGGAGCUACGGCACACCUUCUGUGAUGUCACCAAGGAGAGAGACACACUCAGCCUAUCAAAUGCAGCUGAGGGAGACACUGAUAAGUGCAGAUUCUGAGAGAAUCAGGUAGAGCUUGGCUGCACACCUUCCACAUGUUCAGUACUAGUAUCACUGUGGGAUCGUAAAUCCUAAAGAAAGCAUCUAUACAAAAGUGUGUAAUAUUUGACAUUUUAUUUUUACUGAACUCUCACUGCAGUAGUUGCAAUACUAAUAUUGUGUGUCAGUGUGAAGCAUCAGUGUGAGGAGAAGGAGCAGCGGCUGGCUGUUCUGGGGGAGAGCCUGUCGUCUGCCCAUAGAGAGGUGACGGAACUCCGCAGCUGUUUGAGAGAGGUCGAGAGGUCACGACUGGAGGCCCAGAGAGAGCUGCAGGAGCUACGCAGACAGGUCCGUCACACGGUCACAUCUCUGAAAUACUCUGUUUAUAAUUUGACAUUUAUCGGUUUACCUUAACUGCUGUAGAACACUAUAAAUAACUUGACUAGGCAUUGAGUUUUUGCUGUCCACGUGAUCAUACCAGGAAAAACUCCAGGCCUUGGUUUAGACAUAGUCUAUAACUCCUCCAUCCAAUCACUCCAUCAGGUGAAGGUGCUUGAUGGAGAGAAGGAACAGAAAGGGAAGGAGGUGGCUGAGCUGCAGACGCGUCUCUCCCUGGAGGAGCAGAGAGAGGAGGAGAGAGGAAGGGAGAUGUUCUCUCUCAAACAGAAGCUGGCCGAGGCAGACACAGCCAGGACCUCCAUCAAGAAAGAGGUGAGGAUGGUGGAAGAGAUUGAGGAGGGUGUAGAGUGAGAGUUUAGGCUUGGUUAAACAUAAAACUUAAUCAACCUCCCUCUACACAUCCCUUUCUGCUGUACCACUCUUUCAAUCGCUAUCCUUCCCUCUCUCCUCCCUCCCCCUCUCUUUCUCCUCCCUCCAGCUGUCCAUCCUCCAGAGGCAUCUGACAGAGUCAGAGUUAGGCUGUCGGGGUUGUGAGAGGGAGCUGACAGCCCAGAUGCAGGAGGCCCGGGGCUGUGAGAAGAAGCUCCAGGAUGAGGCCAGGAACCUGUCCCUGCGGCCCCAGACAGCCCAGGACUCCCUCACUCUGUCUAGCCUGCAGCUCAGCGAGGCCCAGGGCCGCCUGGCAGCCACCAAGGCAGAGCUGGCCAGGUCCGUAGCCGGACGCAGGGAGCUGGAGUUCCGCCUGGGCAGCCUGCAGUCGGCGCUGACCCGUACACUGGGCAUCGGGCUGGGGGGCCGGAGCAGUGCCAGCUGGGGCAGGAGCCCCAGGGGGAGCAUCCCACAGCAGCAUCACACGUAGCCUCUCGCCCCUUGCCAAACAUCAAUGUGAAAGCAGGCUGUAAUUAAUUGUAUUUACAGAGACAAACAAAAUCCUGUAGAAUACUUGAUGGGAUUGGAGUUAUACUGAUUGUAAUUUUUUCUUCCAGAUUUUGGAGGUUCGACCCCUGACAAUACGUUGGGCUGCUCCAGGCUGAUCUCCCCAGAACAGGGUGACACCCCCCUCCCCAUGCUUCUGCCUCAGCUGGACCCUGAGAAGCUGCGCUGUGCCCUCCGAGACUUCCUCCAGGAGCUCCGAGACUCUCGAAGAGACAGGGUACUGUAGACAUGAUACAUGGCAGUCCAGUAUCAUAUAAACGUAAAGAUUAUACAUUUUAUUUACCAUUCUGUAAGACACAUUUAUUAACAGACUGAAGCCUUUUUUCACACUUUUUUUACCUAAGUGAUUUCUCUCAGUAUUGUGCUAAACAAUUGUACAAGAAAUCUCUGUAGCACUGAAAUGUGAAUUUAGAUGAUAGAAAAGGUAAUGGUCUGUCAGUGCAUGAUGGGGUUGUUGAAGUGUGUUCCAUGUUGUUUUUUAGGACGAGGCUCGCUGCCAGUUGGGGGGGCUACAGAGCGAGCUGGAGGAGGUGACGGGGGAGAGAGACUCCGCCCAGAACCGCCUUUCUCAGCUACACAACACACUGCAGGAGUGCCAGAGGGUGAGCCACACACACGUGCACGGACACACACACAAACCAUAAGAGGGCCAAGAGAGUCAUUUACACAGUGAAGUCAUUCACAGCCAUCCAAUGACCCAGGAAGGGCACACUUUAUGCACACAUUGGCAUAUAGACCUUGUCUGUGAAUGCUCCAGUGUUGUGACUGUCUGUGUUUCUGUCCAGGUAAGCGUGGUGUUGACGGGCGUCUGAGCUCCACCCAGGCCAUGCUCCAGCAGCAGGAGGAGACGGUGAGGAGGGGAGAGAGGGAGAGGAGGGCCCUCACUGACAGAGUCAAGGAGCUGGAGAGAGCCCUGCAGACUGCAGAGACGGAGAGGAAACACAUACAGGUACACACACUGCAGAUUGCAGAGACUGAAACACAUGCACAUACACUCACACCAACACAUACUUACUGUAUGUAGAAGAACUUCCCUGACUAGGAUUAUAGUGUCUGCUAACACAAUGCUGCCCACUAACCUGCCAACACUGCCAUAUGGUGACCCUGCAGGGAGCAUUAGGUGGGAGCAGAAAACUGACGGUGACUGUCAUAACAACAGAUGCCACAGAACACUGAGUAAUUAAACACAACUCCAUGUCAUAUCUCUGGCCAAAGCAACUCCAUAUGUCCAGUCCUCUAAGUCCAGCCCUCACACCACCCUAGGAAGCACUUUCCACAGCUGACAACAGAAGGAGCAUGGGGAAAGAGGGAGAGAGAGAAGGACUGGCUGAGUGAAUGGGAAAUGGGUUAGUGGGAGAAAGUCCAAGGGGAAAGACGGAUGAAGGGAAAGGAGGGUAGGUAUUUAUGAUUAUAGAGAUUAUAGUUAGGAGCUGCAAAAUCAAAUGGUAGAGAAUUGAAUAGACAGUAUUUCUGGGGGGGGGGGGGGGGGGGGGGGGGGGGGGGGGUGUUGAGCAUUAGAGGGAGGGAUGUGGCCAGCUGUAGAUCAACUGUCUGUGUGUUUAUGUCUGUCUGGCCUCCCUAUGAGAGUGUUUGUGGAGCGUCUGUGUUUGCCCCUCGUGUCUAGUUCUAUAGCUCUCUACAGCAGGGGUACUCAACUACUAUUUGAGAAGGUCCGGUCACACAAAGUUCCUAAAUGGAAAAGGUCCGGAUGGAUAUUGUCAUUAGUCUGCUUAGUAACAAACCCCCACAUCAUGACCCAUGUGACCCCCAAACAGUUCACACGGUUCACACCCCUCUUGUUGGAGGAGAUACAUUUUUGCAGUUUUAAAGCAAAUUUCCUGCAAUUCUACACACUUUGCCUUGUCUUAUGUGUACCUGAGUGACUCAACAAAAUCAAUGUAGUCGUUGCGUAUGGCUGCUCUACAGUCUCCAGGCCUCUCAUUAGACAAGCAGCCUUUCUGCUGUCAGACUGUGUCACAUACUGGAUCUGGAUGGACUGGCUGGCUUUGACAUGUGACCUUGAUGUGACUGCCAGUCUGACAGUUUCAGAUCUUUCUCUCUCACACUGUCUCUCUCACUCUCUCCUUCUCUUUCUGUCACUCUCUCAUUCUCUCACAAUGUCUCCCUUUCGCUCACCUCACUCUCUCCUCCCUCUCCUCCGUGUAGGACCAAUUGAGUAAGCAGCAUGUGGGCGAGGUGCGUCUGGAGGCUGAGCGGAGGCGCCUGCGGGAGGCCCUGGAGGCUGCUGAGGCACGGGGGACCAGGAUGGAACUGGGGAGACGCAGUCUGGAGGGGGAGCUGCAGAGAUUCAAACUGAGCCUGGGGGACAGGGAGGCCGAGAGCCAGGCCACCCAGCAGCACCAUGACACACUACUCAAACAGGUAACACUCUUAGCCACAUGUCUAUGAACAGAUACAUCCCUGAUGGAGGCAGGUCAUGCUGAGAUUUAACCAGAUUCAAAUGGAAAUACACUUAUACCGGAUACACACUGAGACACUCAAAGCACUCAUACACAUUGUGUUCUGCAUCUGUCCCAGGUGGUGGAGGGGGAGAGCCGUGUGACGUCACUCCAGAGAGAAGUGGACAGGCUGAACCAGGCUCUGUCUAAAGUCCAGGAAGGAGAGGCCUGUAUCAGAGAGAAGACCCAGAACCUCUCCCAGAGCCUCCAGGAGGCCACGACUGCCCACAGCGCCACCCAGGGGCGCCUGGCCGCACUGCAGAAGACCCUGGGGCUGGCCGAGCAGGACCGCAGGCAUCUAAAGGUGGGUGGAGAGGAACCAUUGAUGGGACAGUAGGACUGAAAUUCAAGUGUUUGUUGUCAAGGUUCAUCCCUGUAAUUUAAAUAGGUUUACAGCUAAUUGUAAUGACCAGUGAAUGGAGUGUUGCUGUGUUCAGGAACGAGUGGAUGGAGCGCGGUCGUCCCUGGUGGAGGGGAAGAGAGGCAUGGUGGCCCUCACUGAGCGAGUGCAAAGCCUUCAGACUGAGCUGACCCAGAGCGAGCUGAGACAAGGAGAGCUGGAGGCAGAGCUGGCCCACACACAGGAGGUGUGUGUGUGUGUGUGUGUGUGUGAGAGAGAGAUAUCUGUAUAGCUGUUCCUUCACCCUGUCUGUCCUGUAGGCCCUGCGUCAACGGUCCGCCAGUCUGACAGAGGCCCAGCACAGUGCCCAGUCUGCCCAGGCAGAGAGAGCGACUGCAGAGGAGAGGCUGCGGGGGCUGCAGAGGGCCGUGGCCAUGCUGGAGACAGAGAAGAAAGAUGCGGAGAGACAGGCUGUCCACCUGGAGAAGGACAAAAAUGCACUGUGGAAUAUACUGGACAAGGUGAGACGAAGAUAAGACCGUGAGAUAAACACCAAACACAACAAGCAUCAGGAAUAUACACAGAGUCUAUGAAACAUUAAGUAGACUUUCCUUUAAUUGAGUUGCACCUCUUUUUGCCCUCCGAACAGCCUUAAUUCGUCUGGGCAUGGACUCUACAAGGUGUCAAGUGUUCCACAGGGAUGCUGGCCCAUGUUGACUCAAUGUGUCGCAUUGGUUGUGUCAAGUUGGCUGGAUGUCGUUUGGGUGGUGGACCAUUCUUGAUACACACUGUUGAGCAUGAAAAACCCAGCAGCGUUGCAGUUCUUGACACAAACCGGUGCACCUGGCACCUACUACCAUACCCUGUUCAAAGGCACUUAAAUCUUUUGUCUUGCCCAUUCACCCUCUGAAUACACAAUCCAUGUCUCAAUUGUCUCUAGGCUUAAAAAUCCAUCUUUAACCUGUAUCCUCCCCAUAUAGAUUCAUUGAAGUGGAUUUAACAAGUGACAUCAAUAAGGGAUUAUAGUUUUCACCUGGUCAGUCUGUCAUGGAAAGAGCAGGUGUUCAUAGUAUUUUGUAUACUGUUACAGGUGGGACACAGUGUUGGAGUCCAUAUAUUUUAAACCAUUUAAAUUCAGGAACUACAUUUCAAUUCAAUGAAUGAAUUGAAACAGAACAGGGACUGCAGGUAGCUGAGUGAAAAUGGAGGGAAACUAAACUUCCAGUGAACCUAUCAUCCUUCCACUCCCUCCUCUCUACCUUAUCUUCCGCUGUAUCUGCUGCUGAAGCCGCUUUCUAUCACUCUAAAUUUCAAGCUUCUGCCUCUAACCCUAUGAAACUCACUCCCCUCCUCAAGAAACCAACACUUGACCCCUCUGACAUAAAGAAUUACAGACCAGUAUCUCUGUCUAUGACCAACUCUCUCGUUAUCUCUCUCAGAACAAUCUUCCAGACUCAGUAAGUAAUCAGUAAGGCUUCAAGAAGGCUCACUCAACUGAGACCGCUCUCCUCUGUGUCAUCUGUGACCUGCCAAAGCUGACUCAUCCUUCUAGAUCUAUCUGCUGCCUUCGACACCGUGAACCAUGUCUGCACCACGUGCUCUCACCACUGGUGUCCCCCAGGGCUCGGUUCUAGGCCCUCUCCUCUUUUCUCUUUACACCAAAUCACUCGGCUCCAUCAUAUCCUCACAUGGUCUCUCCCAUCAUUGCUAUGUGGAUGACACUCAACUACAUUUCUCCUUCCCCCCUUCUGACACCCAGGUGGCGACACGCAUCUCUGCGUGCCUUGCAGACAUCUCAGCUUGGAUGUCGGCCAACCACCUCAAGUUCAACCUCGACAAGACAGAGCUGCUCUUCCUCCCGGGAAGGCCUGCUCGUUCCAAGACCUCUCCAUCACAGUUGACAACUCCAUGGUGUCCCCAGACCCAGAGUGUAAAAAACCUUGACGUGACCCCUGGACAACACCCUGUCGUUCUCUGCAAACAUCAAAGCAGUGACUCACUCCUGUAGGUUCAUGCUUUACAACAUCCGUAAAGUACGACCUUUCCUCACACAGGAAGUGGCGCAGGUCCUAAUCCAGGCACUUGUCAUCUCCCGUCUAGACUACUGCAAAUCUCUGUUGGCUGGGCUCCCCGCUUGUGCCAUCAAGCCACUGCAAUUUAUCCCGAAUGCCGCAGCCCGCCUGGUGUUAAACCAUCCUAUGUCACCUCGCUCCUCCGCACACUCCAAUGGCUUCCAGUCUAAGCUCGCAUCCGCUUCAAAACCCUGCUGCUUGCCUACGGAGCAGCAAGGCGAACUGCCCCUCCCUACCUUUAGGCUAUGCUCAAACCCUACACCCCAAACGAGCACUCCGUUCAGCCACCUCUGGUCUCUUGGCCCGCCCACCCCUAAAGGGGGUCAGCUCCCACUCAACCCAGUCGAGGCUAUUUUCUGUCCUGGCACCCCAAUGGUGGAACGAGCUUCCCCCUAAUGUCAGGACAGCGGAGUCCCUACCCAUUUUCCGAAAAUGUCUGAAACCCUACCUAUUCAAAAAGUAUCUUAAAUAAAUCCCACGGCACUUGUCUUUUCCUACUAGCACUGACUUUAUUGAGGGAAAAAACAACUACUUUAUUGAGGUGAAAUGUACUUUCUACGACUGUGAUAGAUGGUUAUCUCACUUAGCUAUCUUGAGAUGAAUGCACUAAUUAUAAGUCACUCUGGAUAAGAGUGUCUGCUAAAUGACUAAAAUGCCAAAUCUAAUUUUCAAUUAAAAUCCGGACUUGACUGAAUUAAAUAUGAAAUGGACCCUAACCCUUGUGUUGAGUGGUACUGAGGUAAUUGUGACCAUUUGGGACGGUCUCUUCUCAGGUGGAGCGUCAGAAGCUGAAGACUGAGGAGGGUAGCAUGCGUCUGUCUGCAGAGAAGGGCCGCCUGGAUCGCUCCCUCACCACCGCCGAGCAGGAGCUGCAGGACGCACAGAGACAGAUAGCACUGCUACAGGUGGGCAGGGACUAGUGGGGAGAAUGUAAACCCUAGAGAAAGGCAAAGAAAGGGGAACUUUACUUCAGGGUGGUAGCAGUAAGGUGACAGUGACUGUCAUGAGAUGUUUCCUCAACAUGUGGAUCAUCUUAUUUCCCCUGCUAAAUUAGCAGAAUUAAUGACGGAGUCAGGCAUUAGUUAGUCAUUUAACCUUCAUUUAGUUUGUUGAUUUUCUGUGUGGGUCAAUGUGGUAAUGAAACAAUCAAUAUUUACAUUACACUUUUUCCUAGGCACACGUUAGUAUUUUUCUGGGGUCAAACUCAAUUUGAUAAUGCCAAGCAUUCAUCAAAGUCAGGUCCCAUAGACUUAGCAUAUGAUUGUAAUAUAAAAAACAACCCCUCCCCCAACCACCAGUAAACCACAAAUAACCUAAUUUACUGAGGUGAUUAGCUGAUGUUAUUUGGUGAUUGGCUGAUGUUAUUUGGCUGCUUUGUGAAAGGAGGAGUUAACUUUUUCUAUGGUGAGUGUCUCAAUGUCUGGUGUUUGUCUAGUUAUUGCUAUAAUAGAAGACCAGGCUAAUUUCUACUUUGUAGUUUUAGUCUGAAAUUCUCUGUACAGAUAAGUGAGGGGUUAGUCAGGUGAGACAGUGCUUUUGUUGCAGAUCAUUGUACUUUCUUCUUCAUUAGUUUGACCCUCCCAGAGCGCUUGUCUGUUAUUCCCUGAGCUCCGGGGGUCGUGUUCACUUUAAAGCCAGCCAAAUGAAACCCCAUGCAAGCGUGAGUUGGAAUCACUACAAAAUGGCUGUAGCCUCAGGCCCUCUGGAUCGAAAUGCAUCUGCUGCUAGUUAGACGCCUAAUGUUGAGCAGUUAAGCAGAAUUGUUUGGCUUGUUUGUUCUUGAUCUGGACCCUGAUGGUGUCUGUUACGACUGAAGUUUUAUAAGAAUGUGCACAACAUCCUUGAUAUACAUUGAAUACAUAAAUUACAUGAUAUAGCUUAGCUAGUAGGCCACUGUUGAAUAGUUAUUCUACUGUGGAGUCUUUGUUUGCUUUUGAAUUAAUUUGAAACGACAUUUCCAUAAAGAAGUCUGAACUACUGAAUAAUAACUUUAUCAAGGUCAUGGAUGUGAGCCAUGAGAGUGGCCUUUCCUAGUCGUUGUGUCAGCUAAUCAAGAAGCAGAUGUCAAGUGACCACCACACAGGGGCUAUUAACCAUUUGUCGUCAGACCUCUCCCAGCCCUACCAGCUGUGUUUAUGGUGUCCCAUGUAGCAUAGUCGCGGCACCCCUGAAAAAUCGGAAUUCAAAAGAAAAAUAUUUAUCAAAAACAGUAAUUUUUAGAAAAAAAUGUUUUUUACAAAAGGAGUGCACUGGGCCUUUACCUGUAGGGCAGGAAAAAAUAAUAAUCUGCAUAUCCACUUUGGCAAAAAAAGGUAGUUGUAUAAUUAAGAACAUUAUCUUGCAUGAUUAAAUAGUUGGAAUUGUAAGAGUUGUUGCCCAGUCCCUUUCUCUGUGAUUGUCAUUCUAAUAGAAUACAGAAAGAACAAAACCCUGUCCUCAAACAUUUACAUCAAAGGGUGCAAAGUUAUGGGCAAAGACACAAAACAUCCACAUCAAAUUAAAUAUUUUUCUUGAUCAAAUAACAUGGAAAACAACCAAUUUUUGUGCAGUAUUAAUUUAACAUCCUUAUAAAUCACUUAUUGUAAAUGUACAUUACUGUAUUGUACAUAGGCUGGUCAUCUAGGUUUGUACCUGUAGUCUUUCCAUCACCAUGAAGAAAAACAAUGCACAAUACAGUAAUUGAGUACAUUCAGACAUCAAAUGGUUUGUGAUGAUGGGAUGAUGUGGCUCAGUUGGUAGAGAAUGGUGCUUGCAAUGCUAGGGUUGUGGGUUCGAUUCCCACGGGGGACCAGUAUGAAAAUGUAUGCACUCACUACUAAGUUUCUCUGGAUAAGAGCAUCUACUAAAAUGGAAAAGGAAUGAAUAGACCAUUUCAGUUUUCACAUAGAAAUAAGUUGCAUUUGCAAAGUAUUUCAAGAAACUGGAAAACAUAACAAAAAUUAUUUUUAUAUUCCACAAGUAUUAUCAGAUGAACUUUUUUGUACAGAUCAUUAUCAGACUCAAGAUACAAAUGCUGGUAAAGACUCAAAUACAUUUAGUUUUUUUAUCACAAAAGUAGUGCACUGGGCCUUUACUAGUCCUGUAUUAGCGGACUGAUAUAGACGUCUUCAGCGUGGGCAUUUUUUUUAUUCUGCAUCCCCAAACUACUUCUUGCAGCUAUUACAUUUACAUUUACGUCCAUUUAGCAGACCUCUUAUCCAGAUCGACUUACAAAUAGGCAUUCACCCUAUACCAUGGAUAACACUUUACAAUAUCUUUUUUUUUUUUUUUUUUUUUUUUUUUUUUUUUUUAGGGGGGGGGGGGGGGUGGUAAGAAGGAUUACUUGGCAUGUAAUGUUGACAUACCUCUUGUUAGCACCUAGAAAACUACCCUAAGUCUCUGACUUGGUGUUUCUGUGGCCCAGUGACUAACACUCCUCUCUCUAUCUGUGUAUAUGUUUCUCUGUGUAUCCAGGCCCAGCUGGCUGAGAUGGAGCAGUCCCACAGUGAGAGUGAGAGCUCUGUGCGGCAGCGUGACGAGGUGCUGCGUGAGGUGGAGAAGCUGAAGGUCGCCCAGAGGGAGGCAGAGAGGAUCCUGGCUGCCCGAGACAGAGCCCACCGCCACCGGGUCAAAGGCCUGGAGGAGCAGGUAUGUACAGCCAGAAGGUCAGAGGUUAAAGGGCAAGAAGACAAACCGUGAAUGUCUGUGUGUCAGUCCCUGACCCUCUCUGUCCGUCCCACAGUUGUCCACUCUGAAGGAGCAGCUACAGCAGGAGAUGAGGCGUAGACAGCCCUCUCUACCCACCUCCCUCAUAUCUGGAGGGAACUGA